AAUUGAUUGAACCACAUCAAGGCCGUUUACUGCAGCUAUGGGAAGCGGUGCUACGAUAUACUGAUGUAUUCUGACAGCUGGAUUGAUAACGUUUACAUGGUUUAUUUCAUUCUGGAGUAGGACAUAUUGGAGAACGGAAUUGAAGAUUUCGAGGCAGAAUUAAGGCAAACUCUCUUUUUAACAUGGCUGAAGCUCAAGAAUCUGAAGCAAAAGCGUUAAAAGAAGGAAUUACACGUUUUUCACAACGGGAUAUCACACAACUAAUAGAAAAAUGUGGCUGCGGACCUUUCCAACGCAGGUUCUACACUUUUUUGUAUGCUACGAGGCUUUUUAUAGCGAUGGGUGCAAUGAGUUUAGCAUUUAUUACCUCAAAUGUUCCUUUCGUGUGCUAUCCUCCAAAUUAUGAUGCUUCGGCAAUUCCUCCAGGUUUCACAGAGAACGAAUAUCUACAAAUGCUUCAACCUGAAGACGACCACUGUUCUGUAUAUAACAAUACCUUCAAUGAAAUACUUUAUUCAACGUCAACUAACAAUUUAUCGAAAUUAGAAUGUUCUUAUGGACGGAAAUUUCUGACAGAGAAUUUUUCUACAGUUGUAAGCGAGUUUGAUUUAGUGUGUGAGAAAAAAUGGUUGAAAUCCACAUUGCAGUCAGUUUAUUUUGUCGGUUAUCUUAUUGGAUCGAUUGUAUUUGGAGUUUUAUCUGAUAGAUUUGGUCGGAAACUUACUUUUUUUAUGACAAACCUAUUCUUUACUGUCUGUGGAGUCAGCAAAAUCUUCAUGCCAUCAUUCGUCGGGUUUAUGAUUUUCCAUUGCAUGCAAGGUUCUGGUUUUAUGGGUGUUGCAAUCAGUACUUAUGCACUCAACUUAGAAUUUUCCCCUUCAAGGUACCGUACACUUCUUAGUUUUGGGUAUAUGUCCAUGUUUGCAUUCACUUCGAUGCUUUUACCAGCGUUCGCCUAUGCCAUACCUAACUGGCAUUAUUUAGAAUUGACGGUGUGUCUUCUACCCCUGGUUAAUUUUUUGUUUUGGAAGUAUAUUCCCGAAUCUCCGAGGUGGCUCAUCGGAAGGAAACGCUUUGAAGAAACAGAAGAAAUUCUUGAGGAAAUGAUGAAGAAAAAUAAACUCGAUUAUCAGGAGGUGUUCACUGUUUUUAUGAACGAUAUAAAUCGAUUUCCAGAAAAAAGACCGCCCAGAAGAUGGUCAACGGAAAAGACUUAUAGUUUUAUCGAUCUAUUUAAGACGGUCCAGAUGGCGACGAUCACAGUCAAUAUUUGCUUUAGUUGGUGCGUGAUCAGUAUGCUUUACUACGGAGUGACCCUUAAUUCUGUUGAUAUGGCCGGAAAUCGUUAUAUAAACUUUUUAUUAAUGAUACUUGUGGAGUUUCCCAGCCAGUUAGCGGCUUACUAUUUAUUUAAAUUUUUUGAUCAUCGAAAGCCCAUUAGUUUCUUUAUGACGUUCAGUGGAUUGAAUUGUAUCAUCUCAAAUUUUGUAGCCGAAGGAUCAUUUUGGGUUUCUCUUGCAUUGCUUGUUCUUGGAAAGUUUGGAAUCGCCGCAGCUUUUUCUUCAAUUUAUCUCUUAUCUGCAGAAAUAUUUCCGACUGUUGUUCGAGGAAACGGGUUAGGGAUUGCUUCAACGUUUGCCCGCAUUGGUAGCAUUUUUGCACCUUUUAUCCUUCAACUGUCAUCUUACGUGAAAUGGCUUCCUCUAAGUAUCUAUGGCCUUUUGUCAGUGAUAGCUGGAUUAUUGCUGUUACUUCUACCAGAAACAAAGGAUAGAGAUCUACCUCAAACAUUUGAAGAUUUGAAAGCGUGGAAAAAAUGAAAUAGUGAUGAAAACGAAGAGGAAUUACGAUAAAAUAGAAAAAAAAAACAAACAAAAAUGAACUGUAUAUGCUUGAAUUCCAGUUUCAUA